AUGUUGAGGUUUGUAACAUCAUCUUCCCCCAAAUUCUUCGCCACAAACUCUCUUCGGACCAUUUCACCCUUCGCUUCUCGCUUCUCAGUUCGUUCCAUGGCUGACUCCGCCCCUUUCAACAAAAUCCAGAUUCAAAGGGAUGACAACACUACAUUUGAUGCGUAUGUCAUUGGCAAACACGAUGCUCCUGGAAUUGUUGUGCUCCAAGAGUGGUGGGGUGUGGAUUUUGAAAUUAAAAACCAUGCUGCGUUGAUUUCUCAACUUAGUCUUGGAUUUAAAGCUCUUAUCCCAGAUCUGUACAGAGGAAAGGUUGGUCUAGAUGUUGCAGAAGCACAGCAUUUGUUUGAGGGUCUUGAUUGGCCAGGUGCCGUGAAGGAUAUCCAUGCUUCAGUUGAUUGGCUUAAAGCAAAUGGUUCAAAGAAGGUUGGUGUCACUGGAUUUUGCAUGGGGGGCGCUCUCGCAAUUGCAAGCUCUGUGCUGGUUCCACAUGUUGAUGCUGUUGUGGCGUUCUAUGGAGUUCCUUCUUCUGAACUUGCAGACCCUGCUAAGGCCAAAGCUCCUGUUCAGGCUCACUUUGGAGAGCUGGACAAUUUUGUUGGCUUUUCAGAUGUUACGGCUGCAAAGGCUUUGGAGGAGAAGUUAAAGGCAUCCGGAGUUCCAAACGAGGUACACAUAUACCCUGGCAACACUCAUGCAUUCAUGAACAGGUCUCCAGAAGGAAUAACUAGGAGGAAGAACAUGGGAUUGCCCGACGAAGACGAAGCUUCAGUUCAGCUGGCUUGGUCUCGCUUCCAAUCGUGGAUGACACAGUACUUGUCCAGCUAG